AUGGUCUACAGGGGCAUCUUAUACCUUGCCCUUCUCUUGCUCUUCUCUACCAGUAUCUCUUCCAAAGGCUAUGACUCACUUCGCUUCCAUCAAAGAAGAACCAAUCAGAGGAGUUUGAUGUUCCUGAAUAAAAUGAUUGGAAAACUUCAUCCAGAAUGUCUACAGGAGAGAAUGGACUUCCAGAUCCCUCGGGAGAUUGUACAGCCUCGGCAGUGCCAAAGGGAGAAUGCUACUAUGAUAAUCCAUGAGAUGCUCCAGCAAACCUUAAUCCUAUUCAGCAGCAAAAAUGCCUGCCCUGAUGUGAAUGAGACCAUCAUUGAGCCAUUCCUCAGUGGAAUCUAUCAGCAAAUGGUGCAUUUGGAAGAAGAGAUGGACCAGGCCAACAGCUCCUGGGAGAGUUUAGAGAGCAUCUUGCGUCUAAAGAAUUAUUAUCAAGGGAUAACAAACUAUUUGAAAAACAAAGAGUACAGCAGCUGUGCCUGCAAGAUCGUCCAGGUGGAAACCAGGAGGAACUUUAGCUUCCUUUACAAAUUAACAGAAUAUCUUAAAAACUGA